GCUUCGUCAAACUAACAGUAAAAAGUUCAAAAUAGGAUUCGUUUCGACUUUUUUCCAAUUUCCCAAUUGACACGUACCCAUUUCAAAUGGAACAGACUCGGGACGCAAAAGGAACAAUCAAUGCAAGCAACCGCAGACCUGCACGCUGCUUGGUGGUCCAUACGAAGUACCCUCUUUGUUCUAUCUUCUCCAAAGUUUGCAGUAGUGUAAAAGCCAACAACAACAAUGUCAGAUCCCCAGGAACAACUGUCGGAAGAAAAGGAGGAAGAUGAAGCGACCAGCUUGAGACUCAAGGCAUUUUUGCAAGAAGCUGGUAUCCCUUUUAAAGUGACGACGCACAGGGUUGUCCGUACGAGCGAAGAGGCAGCCGCAGUGAGAGGUGUGAGCUUGGAUUCUGGCGCCAAAGCAAUCCUACUCAAGGACUCGAAGUCAUCGCCGCCCUUUUGUCUCGCUGUUUUUAGUGCCUCAAAACGAUUCUCCUCUAAGCAAUUCAAGAAGGUUACCGGACGAAAGAAGAUACGGUUCGCCACUACAGAGGAAUUGUGGGAAGUAGCUAGAUGUGUACCGGGAGCUGUGCCACCAUUUGGAUCCAUUUUCGAAAUCCCCCUUUGGGUGGACCGUUCCCUCAGUCGACAAGAAGUCAUCAACUUCAACUGUGGAUUGCGAACGGCUUCCAUCUCCAUGACCUACGGGGAUUACAUCACUGUCGAAAAGCCAAACGUUGACGUCUUUUCCGAGGAGGAAAUGGAACUUGGUGACUCUGCAGAAACAUAGAUCUAUGGAUAUCAGGUGGCCAUAAUGGUAUACGAAGAUGGAAACAGUCUCCAAUGAAUCAAUCCACAAUCCACUAAUGUUACGGGCACCAGAACAAGCGGGAAUGCCAACUAAACAGAACUAACCUAUUCAUUUCCACCGAGAUACAUUCCAGUAACAACCAACACUCCCCCCA